CUGAGAGCAAACUUUUAUUUCGUUUAAACGUUUUUUCACGAAACUUCUCUUGGCCAGUUCUAGUCAACCUACUCUAUGAAGACUCUUGUCUUCGUUACCCUGGUGCUGUGGCAAAUUAGCAGAGUUGCCGGCCAGGGCUUGCGUUGUCCCAUAGUGACCACAUAUACUCCAGUUUGCUCAGAAAGGACUGAACACUUUUGUGAAUCAGAUAAAGAAUGCUUGGUGGAGGGGCAAAGGUGUUGUCCAUCACGGCAGGGGGCCUGCCAACUUGCGUGUACAAAGGCUGAGAUUCUUAAGGGUUGCCCCAAGCCUGUGGAUCUUGCCUUACUCGUUGAUGCAUCAGGUAGUAUAAGCAGAAGAAACUUUGCCCGAUUUAAAAUUUUUCUCAAGCGGCUAGUGGACGAGUUCGACGUAUCUGAGAGUGGUACUCAUGUGGCUCUAGUCGAGUACAGUACAGAAGCGUCAGUCCAGCUAAAGUUUAACGAUUUCAGUGGCGCGUUCCUAAACGCAGCCAACGUGAAGCGGCGUAUUGAUAAAAUUCCUCAUAAUCGAGGACUUACAUAUAUCGACAAGGCUUUGAGUUUGACCAACAGAGAAGUCUUUACUGCCGAAGGGGGAAUGAGGCAGAACGUGACUAAGGUAGCUAUCGUCAUGACUGACGGUGUGCAAACAGUUCCAGACAGCAGUUCAGAAUCAAGUACAGAGAUAUUAGACUCUGCAGUUCAGCCAGUGAAGGACAAAGGCGUAGAGGUCAUGUCAAUUGGAAUCGGAAAAGGCAUCGUGCUAGUGGAUUUGGUUACUUUGGCUUCGGACGAUACCGGUGUCUUUUUGGCAGAGAGCUUUGCAGCCCUAGAUGAGAUUGCAACAGAUAUAAUAGAGGGGAAAUGUCCAGUCGACGGUCAGUGGUCGAACUGGGAGAAAUGGACCGAGUGCACUGAGACUUGCGGUGGUGGCACAAGAAAGCGGAUCCGAAAGUGCAACAACCCGGCUCCAGCAAACGGAGGGAUUAAAUGCCCAGGGCCAGCUGAACAAGAAGAGGCUUGCAAUGAAGAUCCUUGCCCAAUUGACGGCAACUGGUCCGACUGGGGAAACUGGUCUGGUUGUCCUGUAACCUGUGGAGGUGGAGAGCAGAUAAGAACGCGAACUUGCACCAACCCCCCAGCUGCUUUUGGUGGGGCACCAUGCCCUGGGGAGCCUGAAGAACGUCGACUGUGCAACAAGAAUCCUUGCCCAGUUGACGGCAAUUGGUCUGACUGGAAUGAGUGGAGCGAUUGUCCUGUGACAUGUGGAGGAGGCGUGCAGGAGAGAACGAGAACCUGCACCAAUCCCCCUGCGCAGUUCGGGGGAAAGACAUGCCCAGGAGAGAGCGAGGAAACAAGAGCGUGCAAUGAAGACCCUUGUCCAAUCGAUGGUAACUGGUCUGACUGGAAGGAAUGGAGCGAUUGUCCUGUCACGUGUGGUGGUGGAGUCCAGGAAAGGUCAAGAACUUGCAGUAAUCCACCGGCGCAAUAUGGAGGAAAGCCAUGUCCUGGAGAGAGCGAAGAAUCAAGGGCUUGCAAUGAAGACCCUUGUCCAAUUGAUGGUAACUGGUCUGAUUGGAAUGAAUGGAGCGAUUGUCCCGUCACAUGUGGUGGUGGUGUCCAGGAAAGAUCAAGAACUUGUAGCAAUCCACCGGCGCAAUUUGGAGGAGAGCCUUGUCCUGGAGAGAGUGAGGAAUCAAGGGCUUGCAAUGAAGACCCUUGUCCAAUUGAUGGUAACUGGUCUGAUUGGAAUGAAUGGAGCGAUUGUCCCGUCACAUGUGGUGGUGGUGUCCAGGAAAGAUCAAGAACUUGUAGCAAUCCACCGGCGCAAUUUGGAGGAGAGCCUUGUCCUGGAGAGAGUGAGGAAUCGAGAGCUUGCAAUGAAGACCCUUGUCCAAUUGAUGGUAACUGGUCUGAUUGGAAAGAAUGGAGUGAUUGUCCUGUCACUUGUGGUGGUGGAAUGCAGGAAAGAUCAAGAACUUGUAGCAAUCCACCAGCGCAAUUUGGAGGAAAGCCUUGUCCUGGAGAGAGCGAAGAAUCGAGAGCUUGCAACGAAGACCCUUGUCCAAUUGAUGGCAAUUGGUCCGACUGGAAGGACUGGAGUGAUUGCCCAGUCACAUGCGGUGGCGGAGUACAGAAUCGAUCUAGAACCUGUACCAAUCCCCCCGCUCAAUUCGGAGGAAAGCCAUGCCCUGGGGAGAGUGAUGAAACAAGAGUGUGCAAUGAAGACCCUUGUCCAAUUGAUGGAAACUGGUCCAAUUGGGGUCCUUGGAGCGAGUGUACGGUCACGUGUGGUGGUGGUAAACAGAUCCACACUCGUAGUUGUACUAAUCCCCCGCCGGCAAAUAAAGGACUACUUUGUAUUGGUGAAAGCGAGGAGUCACGGGAAUGUAACAUUGACCCGUGUGGAAGACCCGCAGAGAUAACACACAUAAACACGUCAAUUGCCUCGACCGUGGUUGGGGGUAAAGUGGAGUUACAGUGUGUUUCCGACGGGGAUCCCACACCCACAGUUACGUGGUACAGUCCUAACGGUACCGAACUGGUCACCAUCACAGGAGACAGCACAAUAUUUAUUGUGGUAGAUGGUCCAAGCGACUUUGGUGACUACCGAUGUAAGGCUUACAAUGGAUUCGGUCCUCCAGUUGAGAGAGUAGUAUCUGUGGAUCCUAUCGUGGGUAGCCGAAGCUAUUGCAUGCUGCAGUCGGCAACUUUAUCCAGAAGCGUAUUUUGCACGAUCAGAAAUGAGGACAAGGGCGCCACAAUUGGACCUCCAGGCGAUCCCGGACCUAAAGGCGACAAGGGUGAUAAAGGCGGGCCAGGACCCCCCGGAUCACAAGGUGACCGCGGAGUGAAGGGUCAACCGGGCGUUGACGGUCCUAAAGGACCCCGUGGGCCGCCGGGGCCCCCGGGGCCUCCUGGAAAAGUUGUUUUAAAUUUCACUGGACCUGAUAUUGGGCCACUGGAGGGUAGGGUGGUUCCGGGUGGCUCUAAAGGACCUAAUGCUGGAUUCAUUACAGUGAAAGGAGAACCAGGAGAGCCGGGGUCUCGUGGAGUAGCGGGAACUCCGGGUUACCGUGGGCCAGACGUGAGUAAAAACUUGAAUUUGCAGUAA